AUGAAACUUUCCAAUCAGUCUGAGGUGCCGGUUUACACCAUCUCCGGCUCCAGCACUGCUCGUCCACUUCCUGAGUGGCUUGCGAGACAACGGAAGCGCAGUUUGAAAAAUGACCCGGAGUACGCGAAUCGGGUUGAACUGCUCCAGGACUUUGAAUUCGAAGAAGCCAGCCAUUGUAUUCGUGUCAGCGAAGAUGGUGAAUGGGUCAUGAGCACAGGGACCUACAAGCCUCAAAUCCAUACCCACAAUCUCCCACAGCUGUCGCUGUCGUGGGCUCGUCACACUGACGCCCUGAACACGACGUUCAUUCUACUUUCCUCAGACUAUUCGAAAUCUCUUCAUCUACAAUCAGACCGUUCGCUUCAAUUCCACACACCUGGCGGUUGCCAUUAUACCACGAGGCUUCCCAGAUACGGCCGUGAUUUGAUCUAUGACCGAUUUUCUACGGAGGCAUUAGUCCCCGCCGUUGGUGUCAAUCAAGAUGGUAUGGGUGAGGUGUUCCGACUUAAUCUUGAACUAGGUCGUUACAUGCGAAGUUUCGAGGUCGAUGUCGGUGGCGACGAUUUCACUUCAGCUGGUGGGGGAACAUUGCAAGGUGGUAUCAAUACAGGAGCCGUAAAUACUGGUGCAAUUGCUGAGGAGAGUCACAAUCUUCUUGCUUUCGGUACCACACUUGGCACAGUUGAACUAUGGGAUCCCAGGGCCAAAGGCAGAGCAGGAAUAUUAUUGCCGCCCACACAGUCAGCACCCGGUGAUGUGCGACCGGAGGUUACAGCACUAGAGUUCCAUCGCUCAGGCCUGACACUAGGCACCGGUUCUUCGAAUGGUUUGAUCCAUCUCUACGAUCUUCGAUCCCCGGUCCCCCUCCUCAAGAAAGAUCAAGGAUACGGAUUCCCUAUUCAUACUCUCGAAUUUCUCCAGCCGUCAACUUCCACGCGUGAACAGACAAUGGAGCCGAAGAUUCUGUCGUCGGAUAAGAAGAUUAUCAAGAUUUGGGACCCCCGGGAUGGCACACCCUGGACAUCUGUGGAGCCUGCUGUUGACAUUAACUCCGUUGCCUGGUGCAAAGAUAGCGGAAUGAUUCUGACUGCCAACGAAGGACGGCAACAGCACGCAUUUUUCAUACCCCAACUCGGACCCGCGCCUAGGUGGUGCUCAUUCUUGGAUAACCUCGUUGAGGAGAUGGCGGAGGAUCCCAACGAUCCUAACGCCUUUAAUACCGGCCAAUCAGGCUCUGUUUACGAUAAUUACAAGUUCUUGACUGUUCCUCAACUGCGAACCCUGAACUUAGAGCACCUGAUUGGCAGGACCAAUCUUUUGCGCCCUUACAUGCACGGUUACUUCGUGGCCCAGCGACUGUAUGAAGAGGCUCGAUUGAUCACCAACCCGUACAUUUGGGAAGAGGAGCGCGCCAAGCGAGUCAAGGAUAAGAUCGAUCAGGAGCGCGAGAGCAGGAUUAGAGGCAAGAAGAAAGCCGCUGUUAAGGUUAACAAGAAGCUGGCUGAGAAACUUAUGGCCAUCGAAGACAAGAACGAGCGCCGGAAAGCACAGCGUGUCUUGAACCAGGGAGGUGACGAGGAGAUGGUCGAUGCCCCUGCUGAGAUGAAAAAACCGGAGCCAAGUCAACCAGGCCUUCUUGGUGAUAGCCGUUUCGCGCAGCUGUUCGAAGACGAAGACUUUGCAAUCGACGAAACUUCUCGAGAAUUCCAACUUCUCAACCCCAGUACUGUCCCAGACCAGCCCAGCCGGAAGGAGCGGGGACUCACUGCCGUGGAGCAGGAGGAGGUCGAUGAUGUACCUGGUUCGAGCUCAGACGAUUCGGAAUCAGACAAUGGGCAAGGAAAACCUGCUAAGGAGAAGCCCUCUGAGAAGAUCUCCACGUCGUCCUAUAAGCGUGCCGGUCAUCGCCCUCAGCCACCACGAAUGCAAGUGUCUUCCUCCACUGCUGCCAACUCUUCCCGUGACCGUUCAUUUGGUUCUCGGGCCCAGAAUAUGCGCAGCAAAUCCAAGCCGCCGCGCCGUGGAGGCGGUGUGGUCGGAGAGAAGGAGGUGACCUUCACACCCAAUGUCAAACGGAACAAGGCCCCCGAACAACGGCUCGAUAAAACUACUAGUUUCAAGUCAAAAGAGCGACGAAGUGCCUCUGGAAAUACUUUCCGGAGAAUGUAA